GCUUGCCGGAGAUAAUUAUAAUACCAUAAUAGUAACAACUUUCUCUCUCUCACUUCAAAUCUCUCUCUCUUUUCGCUUACUCCCUCUUCCUCCUUCGCGAUCCAUCACUUCAUAUCUCCCCAAGAUUUCGAUUCCACACCGUUUCGGCGAUCGAUUUUCUCCAUAACCCUCGAUCCACAUAGGUCCUUUGUAAAAAAUCCAAAACCCUAGUUUUUUAUUUUUCUUAAUUUCAUGGCGGAGCUUUAGAUUAGGCACAAACCCUUCAAUGAUUAUGGUCCCUUUCGUUUUCCCUCGGAGCUAAAUUUCAUGGGUGUUCCCGAAAGUUUUUUAAUUGAAUCUCUUAUCCCUGUGAUUUUGCGUUCUGAUUUUGAGGCGAUGAAGUGUAUAUAUCUAUCUCGCAAAUUUCAUUGAGGAGAGUGUUUUUCGUCUUUUUAGGUGAUGGUUUUGCGAAUUUUUCACAAAGGAGGAAGCUUGGGAGGGUUUUGGAUAGUGGGUCUCGUUGACUGAGUUUGGAUCAGUGAGUGGAAUUUUGCCUGUGUAUAUUGGUUCUAGGUUAUUUGUUUUCUUGGCUUUGAAGAUUUCCACAUCAUAGAUUGUAGAAGUGGGUGAUGGAAAAAUCAGGAAUUGACCUUGUGCUUGCACUAGAAUAAAAAUAUUUGAGGGUUUUUAUUUUAACCGUGUUUGGUGUUGGGAGCAGAAGAGUAUUUGGUUAUGGUUCUCAUCAGGGUGAGAUUGUGUUAUGAAUUGUGUAAGUGAUGAUUACUAUUGACUAGUGCUCUUUGUGGUUGAUACUUUGCAUUAUUCAUUGGUUGGAAAUAUUUGGCUGUUUUCAUCAACUUUGUGGAGAGGAAUUAUUGGGUGGAGAGAUCAAAAUGAGUUUUCAAAGUGAAGAUCAGGGCUUGUUGGAUCAGGCAACUGAUCAAGGAUUGCAAGAGAAGUUAAAAAUUUCAUACACAAGGGAUUUUUUGUUAUCGCUAAGUGGAUUGGACAUAUGCAGAGAGUUGCCUAGUGGGUUUGAUCGAUCACUUUUAAGUGAAUUUGAAGAUGCUUCUCAAGAUCGGCAGAGAAGUACAGGUGGUUUGUCAGUGCAUAGUUUUAGUCGACGUAUUGAAUAUAGUUCAUCCCCUCCCACCAGAGGUGAUAGCUUUUCACGGGGAAUACAUGGAAAAUGGGAAACUCGAUCUUCAGGACGAUCUGAUAAAGAUAGUGAUUCUCAAUCUGAAUUGGAUUCAGAUUCUGGAAAACGUUUUGGCAAUCAAUCGCGUAGAUCUUGGCAAGGUCCUGAGCAUGAUGGGCUUCUUGGUAGUGGUUCUUUUCCUCGGCCCUCUGGGUAUACCCCUGGGUUGGCUGCCCUGAAAUUUCGAGCUAAUGACAACUACCAGCUAAAUCGGUCUAAUGAGCCUUAUCAUCCUCCUCGCCCUUAUAAGGCACCUCACUCACGUCGGGAGACUAAUGACUCUCUUAAUGAUGAAACAUUUGGUUCUUUGGAGUGUACAAGUGAAGACAGGGCUGAAGAGGAAAGAAAAAGAAGAGCUUCUUUUGAAUUGAUGAGAAAGGAACAACAUAAAGCUUUCCAAGAAAAGCAUAAGUUGAACCCGGACAAGAAUAACGACGAUUUUGACAUAACUUCACUUGCUGACGACGAUGAGAAAAGGGUAGUUAAUAGGAGCAACGAGUAUGUGGAGCCUAAUGUGACUCUAUCAGUGUUAAGCAAUGAUGAGAAAUCUUCUUCCCUUUCACAGACUCCUUCAGCAGCAAGACCACUUGUACCCCCUGGUUUUGCAAGUGCAAAGUUGGAACGCAAUUUGGCAACCAAGACAUCCCUUAACACUCAUUCAACAGAGGUUGGACAACCUGCGCCUGGUGAUACUGGAGGUAACCAUGUAUUCAGUAUAAAUUCUGACAAUAAAGAAGGAAAAUUAUUAACCAAGCAAGUGAAUAAUGAUCAACAGAAUCUUCAAAAUACAAAUCUAAAUAUUUCAAUUAACUAUGAGAAAGAAAACAUUUUAAAUUUACCGUCAAUUUUGGAUAUUGCCGACAUUAAAAUUGGAAUGGGUGAUCAAUUGAGGAAGAGAUCUGCUCUUUCAGUAGUCUUGGAAGCAUCAGAUGACAAUGAAUUUAUUAAUCUUAAUGCUGAAGUAAAAGGAAAGGAGGCUGUGGGAGCUUUUAGUCCAGACAAUUCAAAUUCUAUCCUAUACAAGCUUUUUGGUAACGCUUCAACACUAGACCGUGACAAAUCGACUAGUAUUGUUGAGCAGCCUGAUCAGAAAGCAGAUGAGACAUGGAGUCCACACGCCUUCCAAUCUUCCAAGUUUGCUCAUUGGUUUGUUGAAGAAGAAAAGAAGCCAGUGGAUGACUUGACACAUAGGCCGAAUGACUUGCUCUCACUUAUCGUUGGUGGAGAAAAAGGGGGGUUGCAGACUUCUAAUGUAGAAACACCCCAGCCUAUUGCAGCUAAUUUUGCUUUCCUAAAUUCUGAACCAACUGGUGAGCAUAUGACAUCAAAUGUAGCACAUACUACUAUUGACAACUCUGAGCUAUUGUACAAGAGUGAUAAACCUGAGGUUUUAGCAGCAGUUCUAACGUGUGAAGAUUUAGAACAGUCAAUUUUGUCUCAAGUUGGUGAAAAUGGCUCAUCACGUCCACAGCCCAUUCAGGACAAAGAUUUUGAUGCAAAAUCUGAGCAGUUGACUCCAGUUGAUAAUCAUGCAUCCCACCACCUCCUUUCUUUGUUACAGAAAGGAACCUCACACAAUGAUAUGGAACUUUCAUCUAUUCUAGAUUCUUCAGACAAGGUGCCUAAUACUGAAGGAGUCACUACUGGCAAUGUUCUUGAUAAUCCUGGAGAAGCAAAUGUAGAUGUUUCCAAUUCAUCAAAGACAUUGACACUGGAAACACUUUUUGGGUCAGCUUUUAUGAAGGAGCUUCAAUCAGUUGGAGCGCCCCUUUCUGUUCAAAGGGGUUCAGUUGGAUCUGCAGGGCCUGAUGUUUCAGAGUCUCUUUUGUUUCCUUUCCCUACCUCAGACAAUGUUCACCCUCCUACAGGUGAACUUACACUGAACAGGCACGGAAGUGGUGUCCUGCCAUCAGAACAAACAAAUCAUCCCAAAUCUAAUAGAUUUGAAGAGCAGUGGUUGGGGUAUGGUGAUUCUCAGGGAGAUGGUAAUUCAUCGUUACUUCAGAGUGAAAUUUCCAAAGCUAGUGGUUUCAAGGGGCCUCGUGAUAUUCACCUUCCAGAAGAAGAUAGCUUGAUUACAGCUAGUGAUCCUCUGCAAAACUUUUUAUCUGCUGGAAAUUUAGUUAAAACAGAUUUGUCCCAAGACACUACAGUUGACAUUACUAGAAAACUGGCAGCUCUGAAUCCUGCAUUUAGAGAUGACCGACUCGUUACGAGAAAUCAAGAAGGUUUAGCAUUCCCUCGUGGUCCAUAUGAUAUGAGGGAACCUGGUAUUCCAUAUCAGAAUCUUAAUGUCCAAAGAUCUCCACAGAUCCACCCUCAGUUGAAUCACGGUGGUCCAAUGUUUAACCAACUGGAUUCUCAUCCCCCUCAUAUAAGUUCUUAUAUGAAGCUUCCAACUCCUGAGGGCAUGGUUCAUCAUGACUCACCACCAAAUCAUCAAUUUCCAGGAAAUAUGCUUCGUCCUCCUUUUCGUCAACCAAACAGUGGACUUGCAGGGCCAGGGUUUGAUCCUCCAGUUCAUCAUUCUAUGUUACAACAACAAAUGCAUAUGCAAGGAAACCUUCCCCCACCUCAUUUAUUACGUGGAUUCCCAAGGGGUGCACCUAUGCCAUCUCAUGCUAGCAAUCCAAUGACUGGCUUCAUGCAGGAACCAAACCCAAUGCAAGGCCAAGGCUUCCCAUUUAGUGGUCACCAGCAUCCUACUUUUGGUGGCCCUGGAAUGCAAUUACAAGCUCCUGAUGUUGGUGGUGGAAGAAAUCAUCCAGAAGCACUUCAGAGGCUUUUUGAGAUGGAGCUGAGGUCAAAAAACCCAAAGCCAAUCCAUGCUUCAGGUCACAGCCAGGGGAUGUAUGGUCAAGAGCUAGACUUGGGUUUUGGGUAUAGAUAGUGUAUUGUCAUUGUUGAUGUGUAUACUUAGUUUGUAUUCACCUGAUGUUGUGCUUCUCUAUACCUCCUGCAUGGAAGAUGGGUUUCAUAUGAUGCUUUUCUUUGGAAAAAUUAGCUAUUCUGUAAUUAAUGAUUUUUCAUCAAUUUGCAUUUUGCUGGGAUUUCAAUUUUCCGCCUUCUUUUUAUCGACAUAAUUAAAAUGCUUAA